AUGUCCCGCAUUGUGUUUGUCCUUGACAUUCCUCCCGCAUUGGGACACGGCAGUGGGGCUCCGAGGCACGAAGCUGGUAUGCGGGGAAGGUGGAUGCGGCGCCUGCACCGUCAUGCUCUCCAGAUUCCGUCGUUCCACCGGAUCCGUCAGGUCGUUUCUCGCAUUCCCUUUUCCAUCGAAACGGCAUAUUUACGGCUGCAGAUCGUCCGGAUCGUUCCGGAAUGGAAGCCGGUCGAGCGGGUCCCAUCCGGCCUCGAUUCCCUCGUGCCGCGACCACCUCGACUCCGAGUCGAACGGGUGUCGAAGCAAACACUCAUGCGCUUCACACAGACGUACAAUGACGUGAGAGAAAUGUGGCGGAAUCCAAAACCGACGAGGCAUCCGCCGAACUUAUCCUCUCGCUCUCUCUCUCUCCUUCUUGAAGGGACAUUGAUUUCGGUCAUGGGCCACUAUUCGGUGAACGCGUGCCUGAUGCCGGUGGCGGGAUGUCACGGAUUGGCCGUCACGACCGUGGAGGGUAUCGGGAACUCCAGACGGGGCCUCCACGUCGUCCAAGAAAGACUGGCCAAAUUCCAUGGGUCUCAAUGCGGGUUCUGCACACCGGGCAUCGUCAUGUCCAUGUAUACCCUGUUGAGAAACGACUCCUCGCCGUCUAUCCAUGACAUGGACGAGUAUCUGCAGGGGAACCUCUGUCGGUGCACGGGAUACAGACCGAUAAUCGAAGGGCUCAAGACCUUCACGUCAGAGUUCAAAUGCUGCAAAGGUGAGAAUGGAGGGGAAUGCGCAUGCAUGAAUAGCGCUGACACCACGACACCGGAAGAGGAAGAGCAUCCUCGACUCGUUCAACCGAGCCACCUCGUCCCUUAUGAUCCUACUCAAGAACCCAUUUUCCCUCCUGAACUAAAGUUGAAUCCGAAGUACGAGACGGAGAACCUCGUUUUCAAAGGAUCUCGUGUGACGUGGUAUCGUCCGGCAUCUCUCGACGAAAUGCUGAGACUGAAAGCCACUCAUCCGGAGGCCAGGAUCAUACACGGCAACACGGAAGUCGCUUUGGAAAUCAAGUUCAAGAAUUGUAAGUAUCCGGUGAUGAUCAGUCCGACGGCGGUGUCAGAACUGCAUCAAGUGAAGGUUGCAGACAACGGGGUUAGAUUUGGGGGUUCCGUGACUUUGACCACGAUUCAGGAGACCCUUCAAAAGGAAAUCGACUCUCGACCGGAGGGGGAGACGAAAGUAUGGGUGGAGGUGGUGGAGAUGUUGAGAUGGUUCGCCGGUCGACAGAUCCGAAAUGUUUCAUCCGUGGCCGGGAACAUCGUGACCAGCAGCCCCAUCUCCGACCUCAAUCCUCUCUUUCAAGCCGUCCAGUCCCGCAUCUUCCUUCAGAGCUCAGGUACAGUUGUUCCUCUAUCAGAAAUCUUCACAUCCGACACAGGGCUUCCCUUACAAAACGUCCACCCCCUAUCCACCUGGUUGUUUGACAUGGUGGAUAGGGGCUUCUUUUACAAGUUCUGGCUGGAAGGCUGUCGACACCUCGGUCUGAAACUGCCUCCUGGAACAGAGAGCGUUCUGGGGACAUAUCACAAAGACUUCCCCAAGGCCUCUCAGUAUUUCCAAAUAGUGCCAGGAGGGCAGCCAAAAUGGGACGCAGUCGGGAGGCCAAUGGUGGCCAAGUCCGCGUACCAUCAGGCGACAGGGGAAGCCCAAUUCGUGGACGACAUACCUCCGCGGGAAAAGGAAGCGCAUCUCGCUCUCGUUUUCAGUCGGCGAAGCCACGCCAAGUUGCUCCACGUGGAUCCUAGCCCUGCUCUUGGCAUCAAGGGUGUCAUCGGAUGGGUGGGGGAAGAAGAUCUCCCUGGGGAAGCAAACUUCUUCGGGGAGGAAGUUCGCGAUGAAUCUGCCUUUCAAAGGGACAAGGUGACGAGCGAGGGUCAAGUCAUCGGUGGAAUCUUGGCAGAAACGAGGGAGAUAGCCAAGAUCGCCGCCAGGUCCGUCCGAGUUGAGUACGAAGAUCUGCAGCCUAGAAUCAUCACAAUCGAGGAUGCGAUAAAGGAACGAGAAUUUUUCUGGGAGGAAGGGACUGAGAGUGGGGACGUGGAUGAGGCUCUGUCCCAGGCCCCUCACGUCCUCGAAGGCCAGGUCAGAGUUGGAGGUCAGGAACAUUUCUACUUGGAACCCCAGUGCAGCCUCGUCACGCCGUUGCAGGAGCACGAUGAAGUCCUCGUCUACUCCUCCACCCAGAACCCGAUGUACGUACAAAAAUGCGUGGCACAAGUCCUGGGCGUGCCGUACAAUCGAGUGAUCGCCAAGGUGAAGAGAGUCGGCGGUGGAUUCGGAGGGAAGGAGAUGCGGAGUGUCCUUUACACCCUGCCGGCUGCUGUCGCUGCCCGAAAGUUCGGUCGGCCGGUGCGAUGCGUCCUGGACAGGGACGAGGACAUGCUGUCCUCGGGCGGACGCCAUCCUUUCCUGGGCAGAUACAAGGUCGGCUUCAGCCCCGACGGAAGGAUACUUGCUCUCGAUGUCACCUUGUACUCCAACGCCGGUUACAGCCCAGACCUUUCGAUAGGCGUGAUGUUCCGAUCGAUGCACUGCGUGACGAACGCCUACCAUAUACCAAACGUAAGGGUCAGAGGCUACGUGUGCAGGACCAAUCUCCCCUCCAACACGGCGUUUCGGGCGUUCGGGUCGCCCCAGGCCAUGAUGAUUUGCGAGCAGUGGAUGCAGGAUGUCGCCGAGUUCCUCCGCCUGGACCCGGCCAAGGUUAGUUCGAGUGAAUUCAACGCUUUUUGCGAAUGGCACAAUAAUGUCAUGUUUCUCUAA